UCAUUGUUAAGUCAUCUAUUUUUAUUGCAAUUUAUUAUGAUAAAGAUAAAAAUUCUCGUUCUAGUGCUAUAUUUUUCAGAUAUAUUCGCAUGUUCAUCUGAAUAUUGUAACAUAUGUCCAGAACAUACACUUUGCAAAUACAAGGUGUCCGGCCCAAGUCCACAGUGUAUGGGAUAUGACAAGAAUGCCUUGCUUACCAAAACUGAUAUUAAUGAUAUUCUUGAGAAAAUUAACGAGCGUAGAAACUUUAUUGCAAAUGGAAAAUCAAGAUUCCUUCCCGAAGCGGCUAACAUGAAAAAAAUUGUGUGGUCGGAAGAGCUCGCUAUAUUUGCCCAGCGUUGGGUUGACCAAUGCGACAUAUCUUUAAAACCUGACAGGAAGGACAAAUGCCGUGAUUUGGACCAUUCAGAAGUGGGACAAAGCAUCGCAACAAUAGAAGGUUCAUCAGUUCGUUACGAAAAGCUUAAUGUUCGAAGCUUUGUUGAAAUUUGGUUUAUGGAGUCCAUGGAAUAUACAGGAAAUGUUGCAUUUUACAACCAGUCUCGAGACCACAAGGCUAAUUACUUUACGCAAUUAAUUUGGGCUGACACGGACAAAGUUGGUUGUGGCAAGGCGAGGUUUUUAAUCAAAAAUGCAAAACCUGUUGCAGUCCACAGACUUGUUUGCAAUUUUGCACCGAAAGGCAAUGUACACAGAAAACCUGUUUAUACUAUCGGAUACGCCGCUACUCAGUGUAGUAUUGGAAUGGAACCAGACUCAUUUUUUCCUGGAUUAUGUAGUCAUCCAUUCAAGCAAAAAGGUAGUGCUGCUCUUCGACCUUGCAUACCUAUAUUCUUUUUUUUCAACUCUAUUAAAUGA